CUCCUGGGCCCAGAGCCCUCGUCGCGCCCGGCGUCUCAUUUGCCGUCCUUCGACGCGUGACCCCGGCGCGCUCGCGUCCCGGGCCGGUGGCAAGCGCGGGGUGCGCCCGGCGGUGCCAUGUGCCUCCUCUCUCGCGCGGUCGCAGCAGUCGCCGCGCCCCGAAUCCCGCUCCGGCUCCGCGGCAGAGGGCUUGCCGCCGCCAUGUCUACCGCCGGGCCCCUGAAAUCCGUGGACUACGAAGUAUUCGGCAGAGUGCAGGGUGUUUGCUUCAGAAUGUAUACAGAAGGUGAAGCCAAGAAGAUAGGAGUGGUUGGCUGGGUGAAGAAUACCAGCAAAGGCACCGUUACAGGCCAAGUGCAGGGCCCUGAAGACAAGGUCAAUUCCAUGAAAUCCUGGCUGAGCAAGGUUGGAAGUCCUAGUUCUCGCAUUGACCGCACAGACUUUUCUAAUGAAAAAACCAUCUCUAAGCUUGAGUACUCCAACUUUAGCAUUCGAUACUGACGGGAAAGAAAUGCAGCAAAUUAAAAAAUCUGAAUGUUAUUAAAGUCUUGAAGAAGACCAAAAGUUAGAAAUAAAUGUGUAUGAUGAACAAUAUAACCAUAAGCUAAUACCAAUAAAGUUAAUAUUUUAAAUUCUG